AUGCCUAAAGCAUUCAGCGUCCCACAUGAUUCAGGUGGUCGCCGUACUCCGCCAAAUCCCCCACCGACCAGGAAAACCGGCCUCUCUAUGAGCGACUUCCAGUAUCAAGGUCCUCUAGAAGACAACCCUGUUACCACCAUAGCCCGUGGUCUCCGCGAGAAACGACUGCGAUUCACCAAAAAGAUACCAAACGAUCACGACAGCGAUAUCUGCUCGCCAAGAGACCGCCGCAGUGCCCUUUCCGUAUUUGACGAAGCCAUCGAAAAGAUCUGCGAUGACAACCGCCUGGAAGUAACUACCGAGGCCGACUACAAGAUCAGGGUGAUCUUAGGGAUCACCAAAGCGCAACCCUCUGCAUCGGUGUUCCUAAAUAAGCAACAACUCUCGCCCAUAGACCCCCAGUAUGCAGAGCCACGUAUCGAAUGGCACGACGAUCCAUACAGCUAUCACUCGACUUGGCGGUUGCAGCACUGGCGCAAAGAUGGUUGGCCUGACUCGUUUCCUGAGAGGGCCAUUCAGAAAGAACGAACCAUGCAAGGGGAGCCUAGAUCCUGGAAAGACCAAGACUGGGCUGAGCCUGGAGGAUUGAGUUGA